GCUGUAAUCAGAAAAGAAGUCAGAAGCAGAAAUCUUUUUGGAGAAAUUACAAGAUGUUUUGAAUUAAACGUGCCAUGAGUUCUUUGAAUCAGCUGGGGAGGCUGGUGAACGGCCUUUCUUUAAUCGCCAAAGAGAUCGUCAAACGCUCCCAAACGAUCGAGAACGCCAAAAAAGGCGAUCUCGAAACCCUACUCGCUUCCUCUAUCAAAAACGCUGUAGUCUCGGCUACCGACCUAACGGGCCUAACUAAAGGUACGGUCCGUGAGUUCUCCAGCCCUAGGCCCAAAGAAUCCGUCGUCUACUUCAACAGCAAUAACGAUGGCGUUGCCGAGGACAAUGUAAAUUCUUUCUCCAACGGCGUCGCACCGGCGAACCCCACCCUAGAUGAACCAAUCCAUUGCGAAAUAGUCGUCAGCAGUAAUGAUCAAACGAUUCUUGAAGAGAAGGUUGGUAAUGAUGGAUUAGAGAGAGAAAGUGAGUCCAAUUUGGAUCAUAAGCACGAUGUUGACGACGGUGAAGUGGCGGCAGAGGCGCCAGUAGAUUUGAAGAGACGGAGGCCGAGGGAAAGGAAAGUUCCUGCUACUCCAUUUUCUAGAGCAUUUGGCUUUGCUGCUUUAGGAGCCGGUCUUGCUUGGGGAACAGUUCAGGAAUCUGCCAAGAGGCUUGUCUAUGGUUCACCAAACUCAAACGACAAGCAAUCUGCUAUUUCACCAUUCUUGUCUGAACAAAAUGCAGAAAGAUUGGCCCUUGCGCUUUGUAGGAUGCGUGGCGCGGCUUUAAAAAUUGGUCAGAUGUUAAGCAUACAGGAUGAAUCCCUUGUUCCUGCUCCGAUCUUAACUGCUCUGGAUAUUGUGCGUCAAGGGGCAGAUGUGAUGCCAAGGAGCCAGCUCAAUCAAGUUUUGGAUGCUGAACUAGGCCGUGAUUGGUCUUCAAAGUUGACUAGCUUUGAUUAUGAACCCAUGGCUGCUGCAAGUAUAGGCCAGGUUCACCAAGCUGUCACAAAGGAUGGUAUGGAUGUAGCCAUGAAAAUUCAGUACCCUGGUGUGGCAGAUAGCAUUGAAAGUGACAUUCAGAACGUGAAACUUCUAUUAGAUUAUACAAAUCUAAUUCCUGAAGGACUUUAUCUUGAUAGAGCAAUGAAGGUGGCUAAAGAAGAAUUAUCUCGUGAAUGUGACUAUAAUUUGGAGGCAUCCAAUCAGAAAAGAUUCUGUGAUCUGCUAUCCAGCAGAGAGGGAUUUUAUGUUCCACUUGUUAUAGAUGAUAUUUCAAGCAAAAGAGUUUUAACGACAGAACUUGUCUAUGGAGUUCCAAUUGACAAGGUUGCAUUACUAAACCAAGGAACUCGUAAUUAUGUUGGGAGAAAGUUGCUGCAACUGACAUUAAUGGAGCUUUUUGUAUUCCGCUUCAUGCAGACUGACCCUAAUUGGAGUAAUUUCUUAUAUGAUGAGGCCACCAGAACAAUCAAUCUCAUUGACUUUGGAGCAGCUCGAGAUUAUCCAAAACGUUUUGUUGAUGACUAUUUGAGAAUGGUUAUGGCUUGUGCAAAUGAUGACAGAGAGGCAGUUAUUGAGAUGUCAAAGAGGCUUGGGUUCCUCACGGGAAAGGAAUCAGAGGUAAUGCUGGAGGCUCAUGUUCAAGCUGGUUUUGUCGUGGGAUUGCCAUUCUCAAAGCCUGGUGGCUAUGAUUUCCGCUCCACUAAUAUUACUCAAAGCAUUUCAAACCUUGGGGCAACAAUGCUGAGGCACAGGCUUACUCCACCCCCUGAUGAGGCUUACAGUCUUCAUCGGAAACUCUCAGGUGCUUUCUUGGCUUGCAUUAAGCUUGGGGCUGUUGUACCGUGCAGGGAACUAUUACUUGAAGUGUAUGAGCACUAUCCUUUUGGUGAAGAUGAGGAUAUCUUAUCAAGUGCUUCUGCAUCUUGAUGGGAUUUUCAUCUCCUCUUUCCUUUCUCGAAGUUUUGUUCCAAAUUUUGAUUAAUUCAUACAUGUGUAAUAGUAGGGAUGCAAUUGGCCAAAUUUCCAUCCCAUCAUAGUAUGAAUUUGUAGCAUAUUCCCAUAAUUGAAAUAGGUUGAGCCAACAAUGGAGCUGCAAUGCAGCCCACAUUCUAGAUUCAUAUAAUUCUUUACAGACAAUUAAAAGAAGGGUGAAGGAGAAAGGGUUGAGUUAUGUCCA